UCCUGCAGGGACAGGCUCUGCGCUCUGGAUUUUUAUCCCUCCAGUGCCCCAUCUGCAGAAACAGGCACACUUUUCUCAGGGAUAUGGUCACCAUGGGGAUCCGAAUCCCCUUCAGGUUGGUGUCCUUCUGCCUGGCUCACAACACAGGGGGUGCAAGUGCUGUGCUGUUCCAGGGCCUGCCCCAGCAGUCCUGGCCCUGCCCUUUUCCGCCACCAUCAUGGGAGGGCAUUAAUGUAUUCACUGAGCUAGGAGAGAGACACAGGCACUGUGAUGCCCGUGAGUGCCUUUUUCCAGGAGGCAGGCAGGAGGCAGAGGAGGAGGGGCCCUGGGAAUUGCUCUGGUGCUCCUCCUGUGCUGCUGAGGGCACCCACAGACCCUGCUCUGGCCUGAGGGACAGCAUAAGCAGCUGGGAAUGGGAUGGCUGUGCUGGUCUGGGCACAGCCCCCAUGGAAGAGCCUGAGCUUGACAGCCCCAGCCUGUCCACACAGUCAGGCUUGGAGCCUUCCCAUGAACCCAAGACCAUCAGCCCCAGCACUGGAGAUGAGCAGCCCCAGCACUGAGAACCAGGUGACAUCAGACUCAUCCCACAGCAGCUCCUCAGAACCUGAGGACAGCACCUGCUCCAGCAGUCCUGGGCCUGACCUGACACAA